CUACGGUCUGAGAUCACAGCAUUUUCCAUCGAGCCUCUCAUUUCAUAGGAAAAAGGUAAAGUUUAUCGUUUUUUGCUAGACCACGAAUGGGUCAGAGUUCAAAAAAGAAGAAGAAGAGGAGUGACACUGGGCGGAGAAGCAAGGGAAGAUCCUUGACUAAAGAUCAGAAUUCACUUGCUAAAGAUAGUGCUGAGUUGGUUGCAGAAGAGCUUACUGCAUUGUCUGCAAUAUUUCAAGAUGACCUUAAAGUCGUUUCUGAGUUUCCUCCACAAAUUACUCUCAAGCUCAGACCUUACUCAAAAGAUGUGGGGAUUGAGGAUACCAAUGUGUCUGCUCUUCUUUCUGUAAGGUGUGUAUCUGGAUACCCUUACAAAUGCCCUAAGUUGAAAAUAAUACCAGAGAAAGGCCUAUCAAAAGUUGAUGCAGACAACCUUCUGUCACUACUUAAUGAUCAGGCUAAUUCUAAUGCUCGAGAAGGUCGUGUAAUGAUUUACAAUUUGGUGGAAGCUGCUCAAGAGUUCUUGUCUGAAAUAUUGCCUCAAGAGCAACUUCUUGAAUCAACAGUGCGUAUAAAUGAGCAGAUUUUUCAGAAGGAUGCUGUAAUUGCUACCUGCAAACCUUGUAGAGGACCUUUUGUUUUUGGCUUCGUAGAUCUUUUUAAUGGUUCCGCGGAAUCAUGGCAUUGCAACAUGAUAAUGGAAGGGAAUGAUAGGUUAGAUUCUUUAGUGAAUAUGACCACAUUAGAGAGCUUAAAAAAUGAACCAGAUGUUCCAACUUCUAAAGUUGACAAAGUCAUGGAGCCAUUGAUGAUGGAUCCAGACAUUAGGCGAGUUUCAUUGCAUAAGUCUACCAGAAGUUUGGGUACUCUCGAGGAAGAAAGUGAAGGCGGGAGUAGUAGUUCUGGUGAUUUGAGUAGGACAUUGUCUGACAGCUAUGAAUCAAUUGAAAACGUUGCCAUUGUGAAUAAUCUUUUUGCAGAAGGCAAUCCAUCAGGAACUGACGAUGGAAGUGAUGAAGGAAGUGAAUCCAGUGGUAUGGAAAGUGAAUCUUCAGAAUGUGGAAUGUCGGAAUCCACUCUCUGUAAACAAUCAACUGGGUUUCUGGAGAAAGAUUUAAUUUUGGCCCAUUUGUUGCGGCUUUCUUGUUCUCCUAAAGGGCCUCUAUCUGAUGCAAUGCCUGGAAUAUUGUCAGAGCUGUUCAACCUAGGGCUUGUUUCAGAGCAAGUGCGAGAUUUGGCAAACGAACCACCUUCAAUUUUUAACAAGGCUUUUAGUCGGGCAUUUCAGCAACAUAUGGUUUCAUCUAAGAUUUCACAGUUUUGGAAAGCUUCCUCCGAUUUGGAAGUACAAAAUUCUCUCUCUAGUCCAACAUCACGUUAUUUAAAUGACUUUGAGGAGCUACGACCCCUUGGGCAUGGAGGCUUUGGUCAUGUUGUACUUUGCAAGAAUAAACUGGAUGGGAGACAAUACGCUGUCAAGAAAAUACGGAUGAAGGACAAGAACCCGCCCUUGAAUGACCAUAUUUUGAGAGAAGUUACCACACUUUCGAGGUUGCAACAUCAGCAUGUGGUCCGCUAUUACCAGGCAUGGUUUGAAACAGGGAUUGCUGGUUCUAGUGAUGCCAUGUUUGGCUCCAGGACUGUUACGAGCUCUAGUUUCAGCUUCAAGGAGGCAAGCUCAUCCGAUGCUUUUGGGAAUGAGAACAAGCUUGAGUCAACAUAUCUGUACAUUCAAAUGGAGUACUGCCCAAGGACACUUAAGCAGAUGUUUGAGUCAUAUAGUCACUUUGACAAGGAUUUUGCAUGGCAUUUAUUCCGACAAAUUGUAGAAGGAUUGGCACACAUACAUGGACAAGGAAUCAUUCACCGUGAUUUGACUCCUAAUAACAUCUUUUUUGGUGCUCGCAAUGACAUUAAAAUUGGGGAUUUUGGGCUUGCAAAGUUCUUGAAACUAGAACAGCUGGAUCAAGAUUUUGACGCUGCUGAGAUAGUUGGAAGUUCUGUUGAUGGUACUGGUCACAUCGGUACUUACUUUUAUACUGCACCUGAAAUAGAGCAAGGGUGGCCAAAGAUCAAUGAGAAGGCUGAUAUGUACAGCUUAGGAGUUGUUUUCUUUGAGUUGUGGCAUCCAUUUGAUACAGCAAUGGAGAGGCAUGUUAUUCUUUCUAAUCUGAAGCAAAAGGGAGAACUCCCCCCCGCUUGGGUUGAUGAAUUCCCAGAUCAGGCAUCCUUGCUGCGGCGCAUGAUGUCCCCGACUCCAAUAAAUCGCCCAUCAGCAACAGAACUUCUUCAACAUGCCUUUCCACCUCGGAUGGAGUAUGAUUUGCUAGACGAUAUGUUACGGGCAAUUCAUACCUCAGAUGAUACAUUUAUAUAUGAUAAAAUUGUCAGUGCCGUUUUUAAUGAGGAGAGGCCAACAGCAAAAGAUCAUACUGAGAAUAAUGGAAGACUGAUGGUAUCGGGAAAUGAUACUUCAUCAAUCCUAUUCAGUGAUUUUGCGACAAAUAAUCGUGAUAAUGUUAUGGAGGUGGCUAAAGAAAUAUGCCGGCGACAUUGUGCAAAACAUUUGGAGAUCAUUCACAUGCGAAUGGUGGGUGAUUGCCUGCAGUCAAGUAGGAGUGCCGUCAAGCUUUUGACCCAUGGGGGAGACAUGAUUGAGCUUUGUCAAGAACUACGAUUGCCGUUUGUAAAAUGGGUGAUUGCAAACCAGAAAUCCUUUUACAAGCGUUAUGAAAUUUCAUACGUCUACCGACGGCCAAUUGGUCACUCACCCCCAAAUCGCUAUCUACAGGGAGAUUUUGACAUUGUUGGAGGAGCAACAGCAUUGAUAGAGUCAGAGAUCAUCAAAGUCUCGAUGGACAUUAUUACUCACUUUUUUAGAUCAGAAUCAUGCGAUAUUCAUUUAAAUCAUGGCGAUCUGUUGGAAGCAAUUUGGACUUGGGUAGGCAUCAAACAUGAGCACAGGAAAAAAGUUGCUGAGCUUCUCUCUGUGUUGGGAUCCUUGCGUCCUCAGUCUUCUGAAAGAAAGAGAAAAUGGGUUGAAACACGAAGGCAACUCCGACAGGAGCUUAAUCUUGGUGAAACUGUACUGAAUAGACUACAAACUGUUGGGUUGAGAUUCUGUGUGGUUGCUGAUCAGGCCCUUCCACGACUCAGAGGUGCCCUUCCUGCUGAUGAUUUGACACACAAGGCACUUGAUGAAAUUUCUGAUCUUUUUAACUAUUUAAGAGUUUGGAAGAUUGAGAAGCGUGUCUAUGUAGAUGUGCUGAUGCCACCAACCGAGAGUUAUCACAGGAAUUUGUAUUACCAGAUAUAUUUACGGGAAGACAAUAGCCCCGGGAUGGAGGGAACAUUACUUGCUAUUGGAGGACGCUACGACCACCUGUUCCAUAACAUUGGGGAUUCAGAGAAUAAACUGAAAAAUUAUCCUGGCGCUGUUGGGACUAGUGUUGCUUUGGAGACUAUUUUGCAACACGUUUCUGCGGACAUUCUACCCUACAGAAAUGAUAUGGGGACAAAAAUUCUUGUUUGUUCGAGAGGAGGUGGUGGGUUAUUGGUAGAGAGGAUGGAACUAGUGGCUGAGCUAUGGGAGGAAAAUAUCAAGGCUGAAUUUGUACCGUUGUGUGAUCCAAGCCUAACUGAACAAUAUGAAUAUGCAAGUGAACAUGACAUCAAAUGCCUUGUCCUCAUCACCGACACGGGUGUUUCUCAAAAAGGAUCCGUUAAGGUUCGACAUCUUGAGCUUAGGAAGGAAAAGGAAGUUGAGAAAGAGAAGCUGGUGAAAUUUCUAUCUGAAGCAAUGGCAGCUCAGUUUAGAAAUCCGGCCAUCUGGAGCUAAUGUCAUAAAAUGGAAUGGAGAAUGGAUGGACAUCAUAGUAAUGAAGAAAUCUGUUUGGGAUAUUACUCACUUUCAACUUUUGAUCAAUUUGCUGAUAAUCAUCAUGAAUUAAAUGAGGCAAGUGACAUAUCUGAGGCAUCUACAGUACAGUCUCCGAUGGAAUUCAAGAGCCUUCACGGUUCUGGCUCUUUAGGAAGUGAAGAUUGAAGAUGAAAUUGAUUAUACGUAUAUUCAAGUAGGCCACUGAGAAGAUAAAUUCAGGAUGGAACGAUAAUUUUCACAAAAUGAUGAGUUUUACGGAGCUCUUACAUGUUAGAGCUAUUCAACUUUGGUUUCAUGAUUAGUUUUCGGAUACCUCUGCUGCGGCUCCAAACAGCUCUCAUAUUGG